UAUGCGGGAUGAUUAUAAGUUAUAUUCCCCAGCAUUAUAGAAUUAUCAGUACAAAGAGCAGUGAUGGAAUUAGUCCUUGGUUUCUUUUGUUGGGAUGCGUAUCAGCAACAUGCAGUUUAUUUAAUAUUUUAAUUUUACAACGCACCGUUAUAGAUUGUUGUCACGAAAUGACCGGAUUCAACUGCUUCGCAAGCAUGCUCGGGAUUAUUCAACUUUCGCUUCAGUGGUUGAUGUUUACCUUGAUCUUUAUUCUUUUCAUGAUCUAUUUCCCGCCUCAUCGUAAAAUUGUACAAUAUGUCCGUCACUUGCAUUUUAAUUCACCGCCUACCAAUUGGUCAUCUGAAUGGCGUAUUUCUGUCGGGGUUGCUACAACUGUGACACUACACUUUGUUCUUACCGCUCUUAUUUCAUUAUACCUUGUAUCGAUUGGUGGCUUAACAACAAGAUAUUGGGCUGAUAUUCUUGGUGUCAUUUCCAUGUUUUUUGCAUCAAUUCAAUACUUGCCUCAAAUAUGGAGGACUUGGAGGAGAAAGUCGGUAGGUGCACUUAGUAUUCCUAUGAUGCUUAUGCAAACUCCCGGGUCUUUCCUUUUCACCUAUCUCCUUGCCGUUCGUCCUGGAACGAGAUGGACGACCUGGAUUGUUUUCCUUGUUACUGGAUGCCUUCAAGGAACCCUUCUAAUCAUGUGUAUUUGUUGGCACUACCGAGCUAAACGUCUCGGAUAUGGUCCGUUUAAUGUUGGUGAGAGAGACUUGCUUGUCGGUCGCGAUGGCAAGCCAUUGGUUCAAGAUGAACGUGCAAGAUUACUUGAAGAAGAAUCUGCCAUAUCUAAUAACUAUGGCAAUCUUGUUUCUAAUGAUGAUAUAUUAGAAGA